UGGCGAGAAGUGAGCUCGUGUCCUUGCUCGUGUGAGCGUUUCAUUGUCGAAGUCGGGGGAAUCAAAUCCGCAAACACAAAGUUGGGAUAAUCACCAUAUGCCUUUCCUACGCAUGCUCCGUAUAUUUUAAGCUAAGCAUUGCUCUUUACAAUUUAAUAUUCCGCCAACAUGAAGUCGAUGGACGCGGGUUUUAAAUGUAAAACGUAACUUUUUUUAUUUUCACACCCAAUAAUCAAAUGUAUUAACGCUUAAAUACGCGAUUUAUGAAGUUUAUAUGCUUCCAUAUUAUCAAUAAGUUCUACUUUCGUUAAGACUGAGUUUGGCCACACCUAGAUCCUGUCCUAUUUUCACAAAAAAAGAGAGAAGGCUUUUCUUCUUGUGCAUUUGUUUGCGUGCCGGUGAGUACCCGGCUGUGUAACUUGAUAGGAGUCCUAGCGAAGCAAUAAGGGAAUGUUGGGCAGCUAUGGAGCGGAAUGCAAUCCAGUGGUUGGGCGCCCCCUGCUGCCUGCGCGGGUCCUUCGCCUUCUACAAGUCCUUCUGCUGUCGGCGGGAGGAGGAGCGGCCGGCGGCGGUCUGGAAGCUGGGCGAGUUCUACUUCCUGCGCUGCGGCCCCCAGGAGCCCGUGUGCGUCGCUGAGCUGGCCCUGCUGUGGGAGGACCGCGCACAGCGCCACCUGCUGGCCAGCUCCAGGCUCUACUUCCUCCCGGAGGACACCCCCAAGGGCCGGACAGGGGAGCACGGAGAGGACGAAGUUCUGGCGGUGUCGAAGAAGAUGGUGAUCCGGGUGGAGGACCUGGUGAACUGGACCUGCCCGGAACCUUCCGGAUGGAAGAGAAGCGGGCGGAAGGUCAAAGGCUCGGACGGCUGUAACGGAACCUCACCGGCCGUGACCUCUGACCCCGGCGAGCCGAAGGCGGAGCCUGAGCUUGAGCGUGAAGGUGGGGUACCUGUGGAGCAGCAGCGGGUGAGGGUGCUGAGCUACCUGCAGUACUGUCGCUUCCGUUCCCUUCAGCGACGCAUACAGGACCCCCCCAGAUCCCCUGGCCCCCCCGGCCCCCCCGGCCCACAAGACCCCCACCUGCUGGCCCUGGGGGGCAUUCGGACGGCGCACCACAACACCCUGGUGCUGUACUGCCGGGACACCUUUAACCACCCCACCCUGGACAGCAGCGCCCGCGUGUGGACCCAGCUGGGAUGCACCUCUCUCAGCCUGAAGGGAAGGCCUCGUAAGAGGCGGGGCAGAGACGGGAAGGGGAUGGAGAGACCGCCCCUCAACCAAUCAGAGUCCUGGAUUGAGAAGAUGAAGGAGAACGUGAUGGGCAGUGUGGAGGUGCCGUGGGAGGGGGGCUGGCUCCCCCACCCUGAGGAGCAGCCCUUCCUGGACCAGCUCUUCGCCUUCAUGGAGCAUCGGGGCUCCCCCAUCAGCAAGGUCCCCAACCUGGGCUUCAAAAAGAUCGAUCUUUUCCUUCUCUUCUCCGUGGUGAAGCGGCUGGGAGGUUAUGAAAGGGUGACGUCGGAGCGGCUGUGGAAGCAGGUGUAUAACGAGCUCGGGGGGAGUCCGGGCAGCACCAGCGCAGCGACCUGCACCCGGAGACACUACGAGAAGCUGAUCCUGGCUUAUGAGCAGCAUCUGAUGGGUGGAGGGGAGGAGCUUUCCAAACCUCAGCUGUCUGCGGCGGCCAAUAGGAGCAAGGAGCUGCAGAAGGGGAAAGGAGCAGAGGUCAAUCAGAAGGAGAAGACGAGCAGCCCCAAUGGGCCCACCAGCCCGGCGGUGCCGGUGAGGAAGCGGGGCAGGCCCCCGAGCCGGCGCAACUCCAAAGCCGCCGCAAAAGCGUCCAGUACAGAGGCCACGCCUCCGCAGAGCAGACCCGCCACCGCCACCCGCCAGGAGGGGUCGCUCUUCCAGGAACUCAACUUCAGCAACCUCCAAAACGGGCUGGGGCCCGCGGCCCCCGAGGACCCCCGGCUGGCCCAACCUCUCGCCCCGUCCCCGCCGCUCCCCCCCCAGCCCAAAGCGGAGCCCGGGGUGAAGGUGGAGGACGUGGCGGCCCUGUCCCCGGCCUCUCUGUCGGCCCUCACCAGACUGCACAUGAGCGGGCCCCCGGGGGCCUUCAGCCUGCCCAAGGGCCUGUGCCCGCUGGACCUGUUCCGGUCCCGCCUGGGGCUGGGGGGCGUGGAGGGGCCCGACCCCCCGGCCCCCCAGCACCCCUCCGUCCUCCUGUACCAGCCCAAAACCGCGGCCCCCGAGGGCCCGAGGCUCUCUCUGUUCCCGGGGGGGAGGGGGGACGAGCGGGGGCAGAAGGAGGCGGGGGAGGGGCGGGGCCGGCCCCCCAUGCCGCCGCUGCGGAUCCUCCCAUUGGACAUCGACUGCAGCCUGCAGGUGCGGCAGCUCAUGCGCACGCGGCUCGGCUCCUCCCAGCUCAACUCCUUCGCCAAGAAGCUGACGGAGGUGCUGGCGCAGGACCUGGGUCGGGCACCGCACCCCGCCCCCCCCACGCCGGCCAAUCAGGAGCAGGCGUUGCCGCUCAACCUCAGCAAGCGCUGCGGCGCCAAGCGGCCGGCCGAGGACGAGGGCGGGGCCGGCGGCUGGCAGGACGGGGGCUCCCCGCUCGCGGCCAAGCGGGCGCGGGCGGAGUGGGACGGCUCGACCCCCCCGGGGGGGCUCCUCAAACACGCCGCCUGCGGGACGCUCCUCCUGGAGGAGCAGGAGGAGCAGGAGGAGCCGGCGGACCUGAGCUGCCCGCGGCGAGCCCGCGCCUCCCUGCGGGAGCAGAGCGCUCGGGGGGCGGGGUCUCCCUGUCCGUCUGGAACUGCUGGGCUGGGGCUGCAGCCGCCAUUGGCCAACGGGGCUGAUGGAGGCGGAGCUUGGGACAGCUGCUCUGACACUGGAGCAGACUGCAGAGGGGCGGAGUAACAGGAGCAUGAAAGACACACACACACACACGCAGUCACCUCCAUACACACACACACACACACCAACACACAGUCACCUCCUUAGACACACACGCAGUCACACACACACACACAAACUCUGUCUGCAUUCAUAUUUGCAUCCAUUUUAGCAAUAUUGCCAUAUUAUGAGUCAGUGCUGAAAAACCGUUAACUUUACUGUACAUAGGUUGUCCAGCUUUCAUACUUGAUUUAAUUUAGAUUGUUUAAAUAUUUAAUUCUUAAGACAUAUCCUGCAAUAGUUAAUCUAUUUUUUAAAUCCAUUUUCCCAAUUGUGUCCUGUUCUGAGAGUCUGAAUUGACACUGAAUUGACUGUACAUACCUGUCUAUACAUGUAGUGUGUCCUAAUUUAGAGAAACUCAAGGGACAGUUUGUUCUUUAAGAAUACAGAUUAACUGCAUUAAGAUGUCAUCCAGAUUUUC